AUGCCAUCCCCCCUGGACAUGAAGCCCUUCCUCCAGUUCCCCAUGGAAUCUCCUCACCCGGCAAGCAUCGGCCUCUUCCACAACUUUAACACAAUGGACCCUGUCCAGAAGGCUAUCAUGACGCAUACCUUUGGGCCACCUAUGGUGAGGACUAAACGACCAAUCAUCUCAUGCAACGUCUGCCAAAUACGCUUCAACUCAGAGAGCCAAGCAGAGGCCCACUACAAGGGGAACCGGCACGCUCGAAGGGUGAAGGGGAUCGAGACGUCCAAGACAGCUCGUCUCCAAGAUGGAGACAAACAGGCCCCUCCCCCGACUGCGUCCCCCUCCCCACCAGGACCCUCGCCAUCCAGCCCGGUGCCUGAUCCUAAUAAGCAGGAGUUUCCCCUCGUACCUUCGGCCAGCUCGCCUUUAACGUCCUCUCCCUCCCCAAACACCACAUUCAGUACCCCCCCAACGGAUCCUGCAGCGGCGGCUCUUCCUGACUCCCUGUCUCCGGCGCCCAGCCCAUCUUCAGGAGAGUCAGAGGAAGAGAAAGCCAAGAAGCUGCUCUAUUGCUCCCUGUGCAAAGUGGCUGUUAAUUCCCUCUCACAACUCGAGGCACAUAACAAAGGUACCAAGCACAAAACCAUUCUGGAGGCUCGGAGUGGACUGGGACCUAUUAAGGCCUACCCUCGCUUGGGUCCGAAACCCAGCCCGGAGCAGGGGGGGGAGCUGUCCUCAGACCCCGACACUCAGGAACGCACCUUCCACUGUGAGAUCUGCAAUGUCAGAGUCAACUCUGAGCUGCAGCUUAAACAGCAUAUAUCGAGCCGGAGGCAUCGAGAUGGAGUUGCAGGGAAACCUAAUCCUCUUCUCAGUCGGCACAAGAAGCGCACAGACUUUAUGCUUAUUAUUUGUCAUAUUUACACGUGAACCUCUUUGACUUUCUGACAGGAACUUUCAAAAACUCUUGGGGGUGGACUUAUACCAAAUCACCUGGCUGUCGCUGCAGCGAUGGCAGCCGCAGCAACCUCCAAUCAGCUGGCCCUACGUUCUGCUGGGCCGGCCUCCCACCAUCAUCACCACCUCCUUCAGGGAACAGCCCUCGGCCUGCUGAGGCCGGCCCCAGGCCCCAUGCGCACCACACAUGGCCCGAUCCUGUUCUCCCCUUACUGA